AUGACCGGCGUCACGAUAGACAAAGGACGAUCCGGCCCCACCACACCUGAAGGCACUCGCUCAUACUGGCACAAGGAGCCGUCGACGGUACUCCUCGGACACAGGACAACGCAGAAGCUCCCCACCACGGCGGAUGUCAUUGUUGUUGGGAGCGGGAUAACGGGUGCUUUUGCUGCAAGGGAGGUAGCAAAUGGGAGCAGAAGCGUGCUACUUCUGGAAGCAAGAGAGGCGUGCUGGGGAGCAACAGGCAGAAAUGGUGGGAACUGCCAACCCAUGGUGUACGGAUCCAAACCCAGCAUCGCUCGAUUCGAACUGGGCACAUACGACUUCCUCAAAGACCUUAUUGCCAGACACAAAAUCCCCUGUGAUUGGCGCACCGUCGGGGGCGUACACGGCAUAUUCGACGAGGAUGUGCUGGAAGCAGUCGAGAAGAUUAUUGACCGGCUACAGACCAGCCACCCGGAUCUCGCUGAGAAGGCCAUCCUCGUCAAGGACGAGCGUGGGAGAAGGGCACUUCGUGUGCCGCAGGCCCGUGCCGCAGUGUACCAGCCUGUGGCCGCCAAACUGUGGCCGUACAAGCUCGUGGCGUGGGUUCUUGAGAGCCUGCUGAAGGAGUUCCCGGAUACCUUCAACAUGCAGACCAACACGCCUGUUGAGUUUUUGCAGCACGCCGACGAUAAGUGGAUCGUCCACACCUCUAGAGGACAGGUUGCUGCCAACGAUGUACUCCUUGCCUCAAACGCCUAUACGUCUUGGCUGCUACCCAAGAUGACGGGUAUCAUCACGCCUGUUCGCGGGCAAAUUGUGGGGUUGACACCGCCGCCGGGUGGCAUCCCACUUGAACAUUCACAUGUUUGGGCAAAGGGCGGAAAUGAGGACUAUCUGGUUCAGCGAGACGAUGAUGGGAUUCUCAUUCUCGGCGGGGAGAGGUGUGUGGCCGCUGGUGCCGAGGAGGGCAUCUGGGAUGACAGCCAUGUGAAUGCCGACAUUGGGCGGAAACUUCGCCGCCAACUUGGGCAGAGUGUCAAAUUGCGCGCCCCGGGCCAAGAAGAGAGGAAGAGGCUGGAUGCGCAGUAUGAAUGGACGGGUAUCAUGGGCUACGUGAAUGACGGUCACCCUUGGGUUGGGAGAGUUCCCACGGAAUUAGGGGGCGAAAGGGACAGCAAUGGACAUGGUCAUUUAUGGAUAAGCGCUGGGUAUAGUGGACAUGGGAUGACGGCUGCCGCAAGAUGCGGGGUGAGAGUGGCGGAGAUGAUUGUGGGAAAAGAGGCGAGCUUUGAUCUUCCAAAGGAGUAUGAGGCGAGCGAGGAGAGGGCGAGGAGGGCGAGGAGGGCGAACGGGAUGGGUGUCGGGAGAAUGUCGUUUGUGGAUGAGUUGAGGGCAUUGCUGGAGGAGUAG